UUUUCUGUGUGUUGUUUUUUGUGUCACCCCUCCUAUUAAAGCCGUCCUUAGGCCACUGACGUUUUUUUUUUCUUCUCCUUUUUAAGCAAAUAGAGACCCUCACCUUUACCGCAGUUUGCCCCAUUAUAUAUCAGAAAACAGGUCUUUCUCCUCUCUCAUUAAAAAGUGUGCAUUGCAUACAUGUUUUUUUAAAAAAACGUUUAUCUUAAAUUAUAAAGCCCAUGUGAGUAAACAUACACUAAUAAAUCAUUAUUUUAAUGAUAAAACAUUCUCUAUAGAAUUUUUAAAAAAUAGUUUUCCCCAGUAUUGUAGACAUUUCCCUUCAACCCCGUAUCUUACCAGUUGUCCUAAUUCCUUUUGGUUUCCUUUGACCUUCGAAAAGACGUCAUUUCUACCCUUUAGGAAGAAAGGCUCUAUUAGGUCAAACACUUGCCAUCUGUUAUAAUGUUUCCAUACAAUUGAUAGUUGACUGUGGGGGGAAAAUGCUGGCUCGGUCUGUGACGAAUAUAUGAACUGAUAAGUACCUAGUUUCUAUUUGCAGUGCCAAAGAUAAGAUGGUUUGUAACCUCACCACUGUACUCCAGUAUUAUAUCCAGUUAAUGGACAUUACACACGUUUCCUCCCCACCUAACAUUCACACUGAGAACAUUUACGCUUCUAUUUGCCACUUGAAUUCUUUUCCGAUUAAAAGCAGCUCCCUGUGCGGAGUCAUAUCUGGAGGUGUGCAGUUGAACUAGUGGUUACAGGCCCUCUUAUUUUAUGCUAGAUGAGGGGGGUUAAAGGAGUGGGGAUGGAGUAUCAGGGAGUGCCAAGCUCCUCAGCUCUGUCGCUCCCUGGCCCCCCGCGCGCUUGCUAAGGAUUGGUGGAGUGUGCGCGCCAAGAGCUGUCUUCCUGACCUUUCUAACACCCACCCUCCCACAAAGUGCUUUUCAUGUGCCCAUUCUUUCUUUUAGUCAACUGUGCCUCACUAUGCCAUGUUUUCUAUUAUGCCAUGAUAUAGUCACCCAUAUAAGUUGUAAAAACUUAAACUUGGGUGCCUUUCAGUGGUGCCUUCCGUCAGUGUCAAGCAGACAGCUCACAAUCUGCACUCCACCGCCUGCGUCAGAUGCGGUUCGAAAAGGACAGGCGUGCGCAGCAACAGCGAUGACUUCUUCAUUUCAGAGCUGUGGAGGCUUCUAGAUCCAAAUAAACCACAGACUUUUCUCCCUACCCCAUUGGCCAGGAUUCAAGAAAGCAGGCCAGGACAAAGCAUUGUAAGCAUUAAAAUAUUUCCUGAAAAUGCUAAAAGGCAGAAAAUCAACGAUUAACUCUUGUUCCAUUUUACUUCAGAUAUGUAAUUUCCCCAACGCAAUGGGAUCAGUUCAUUAUGUUUAAGAUCAAGCCUGUAACUGCCCUCCUGUAGUGACAGCUCAUUUGAAUUCGUACAAUUGAUAGGACUUCAAGUUACAAGUACAAAAAGCCUUUCUUCCCCAUCUCGCUCCCCCAAAACAUUUUUUGGGUUUUCUUUCAAACAUUUUUUUGCAUGAAUGAAUACUAAAAAUAGUUGGUUAUGCUUGAUGUGUUUUGGAAGAACCUGCUACAUUUCCAAAUUGAAAGACCAAUGCAUUGUUUAUCAACUUUACUAACAAUGUUGUUUCUGAUUUUGUCUCUUUUGGUUUUUUUCCCUCAACUGAAAUUGUUGUAUAGAAGGUUUCAGGUGGGUGACACUAUUCCUGCGUAGGUGCCCGGCGGAAAGGAACACUAGGGGCAGCCUCAGUCUUCUCUUCUUCCAGCCAGCCGCGGCCACCACUCUGACAAAGUCCAAAAAUAUGGCUUGCUACCUGAAAGCCAUUGAGACUCAGCCCAACUUCGCAGUGGCUUGGAGCAACCUGGGCUGUGUGUUCAAUGCCCAGGGGGAGAUAUGGUUGGCCAUACACCAUUUUGAGAAGGCAGUGACACUGGACCCAAAUUUCCUCGAUGCCUACAUCAAUUUAGGAAACGUUUUGAAGGAAGCCCGAAUCUUUGACAGAGCUGUGGCGGGAUAUUUGAGAGCCCUGAGUCUUAGUCCCAACCACGCAGUUGUUCAUGGAAACCUGGCCUGCGUCUACUAUGAGCAAGGCCUCAUUGACCUGGCUAUCGACACAUACCGCCGAGCUAUUGAGCUGCAGCCUCACUUUCCAGAUGCCUACUGCAAUUUGGCAAAUGCACUGAAGGAGAAAGGCAAUGUGUCUGAGGCAGAAGAGUGCUACAACACAGCUUUGCGUUUGUGCCCGACGCACGCAGACUCCCUGAACAACUUGGCUAACAUCAAACGUGAACAGGGCAACAUUGAGGAGGCAGUUCAGCUUUACAGAAAAGCGCUAGAGGUGUUCCCAGAGUUUGCUGCGGCUCACUCCAACCUGGCCAGUGUUCUGCAACAGCAGGGAAAACUCCAGGAGGCCCUCAUGCACUACAAGGAAGCUAUCAGAAUUAGCCCCACAUUUGCGGAUGCGUACUCAAACAUGGGUAACACGCUGAAGGAAAUGCAAGAUGUGCAAGGGGCCCUCCAGUGCUACACCCGUGCCAUCCAGAUCAAUCCUGCUUUUGCUGAUGCUCACAGCAAUUUGGCUUCAAUACACAAAGACUCUGGAAACAUCCCAGAAGCCAUCGCAUCGUACCGCACCGCCUUGAAACUCAAGCCUGAUUUCCCUGAUGCUUACUGUAACCUGGCACAUUGCUUGCAGAUUGUGUGCGAUUGGACGGAUUAUGAUGAACGAAUGAAAAAACUAGUGAGCAUUGUUGCUGACCAACUGGAAAAGAACCGCUUACCAUCGGUUCACCCUCACCACAGUAUGUUGUAUCCACUCUCUCACGGCUUUCGCAAGGCCAUUGCUGAGCGCCAUGGGAACCUUUGCCUGGACAAGAUCAAUGCAUUGCACAAACCUGCUUACGAGCAUCCAAAAGACCUGACGGCCAGCGGUGGACGACUGCGUGUUGGUUAUGUCAGCUCAGACUUUGGCAACCACCCGACUUCCCACUUGAUGCAGUCCAUUCCUGGCAUGCACAAUCCUGAGAAAUUUGAGGUGUUUUGCUACGCACUGAGCCCUGAUGACAGUACGAACUUUCGAGUGAAAGUCGUGGCAGAGGCUCAUAAUUUCACAGACCUCUCACAGAUUCCUUGUAAUGGCAAGGCAGCCGAUCGUAUUCAUCAGGACGGGGUCCACAUUCUGGUCAACAUGAAUGGUUACACCAAAGGGGCCAGAAACGAGCUAUUUGCCCUGCGCCCUGCUCCUAUUCAGGCUAUGUGGCUAGGUUACCCUGGAACCAGCGGCGCGCCCUUCAUGGACUACAUCAUCACCGAUAAGGAGACAUCACCUGGGGAAGUCGUUGAGCAAUAUUCUGAGAAGGUUGCCUUUAUGCCACAUACCUUUUUCAUUGGUGAUCAUGCCAACAUGUUUCCUCAUCUCAAGAAAAAGGCAGUGAUUGAUUUCAAGUCAAAUGGACACAUCUUUGACAACCGCAUCGUUCUCAAUGGUAUCGAUCUGAAGGCCUUCUUGGACAGUCUGCCAGAUGUCAAAGUUAUCAAGAUGAAAUGUGACAACAAUCAGGAGUCUGCUGCAGACACAAAUGGAGCAUUGUCUAUGCCUGUGAUUCCCAUGAACACGGCUGCUGAAGCAAUCAUUAACAUGAUCAACCAAGGCCAAAUACAAGUCACCAUCAACAGCUUCACCGUCAGCAAUGGCCUUGCCACCACACAGAUCAACAAUAAAGCAGCCACGGGAGAGGAGGUGCCGCGCACAAUUGUUGUGACCACCCGUUCCCAGUAUGGUCUUCCAGAGGACUCCAUUGUUUACUGCAACUUCAACCAACUCUACAAGAUUGACCCCCCAACCCUUCAAAUGUGGGCCAAUAUCCUAAAACGUGUGCAGAACAGUGUCUUGUGGCUCCUUCGGUUCCCUGCUGUGGGUGAGCCCAACAUCCAGCAGUACGCUCAGAACAUGGGCCUCCCCGCUUCUCGCAUAAUUUUCUCGCCAGUGGCCCCCAAAGAAGAACAUGUUAGGAGGGGUCAGUUGGCUGACGUAUGUUUAGACACGCCUCUGUGCAACGGUCACACCACAGGAAUGGAUGUUCUGUGGGCAGGAACACCCAUGGUCACUAUGCCAGGUGAGACCCUUGCUUCACGAGUGGCUGCUUCACAACUCAGCUGCCUUGGCUGUCCGGAACUCAUCGCCCAUAGUCGACAGGACUAUGAGGACAUAGCAGUAAAACUCGGAUCUGACAUGGAAUACCUGAAGAUGAUUCGUGCACGUGUUUGGAAGCAGCGCAUUUGUAGUCCUCUCUUCAACACCAAGCAGUACACGAUGGACCUGGAGAGGCUCUACUUGCAGAUGUGGGAGCACCACAGCAAAGGCAACAAACCAGAACACAUGUUUCAAGUCCACACAGUAGAAACUGGUGACAGUGCCUGAACUAGAAGCCCGCCCUCAGCUUAUUCACAAAAACCACAGUGUUUCCUCCCCACCAUUUUAUCCCAAACUAUCAUGAGCAUCCUAGUUUGAAUGGUUUACUUGCAGCCCUCUUCUGUGAAUGAUUGUGUUGAACAUUCGCCUCGAAGUGGGGCUAAAAGUGUCAUGAAUACACACAUCUACCCCACCCCACCCCCCAAUCACGUUUUGUAUGUGAUUGAGACUACAGUAAAGGAACGCAUGAGACAAUUGAGCGACCACUGAAUACUCUUAUCUACUUGGAUCAGUAGUAGUUCUUCUCUGCGUGUGUGUGGAUGUACAGGACUAAUUGAAGCUUGUGGCACAAAUAUCCAACCCUUAUAGUUCUAUUUAUAAAAUGAUUCGUGUUUUUUUUCUUUUUGUAUGUGAAUGUAUGCCAUGGAAAUUGUAAAUCUUACACACGUUCUUUCAGCUUUGAACAUUUCAUUUUAGCAUAGCUUGCAACUGCUUAACAGAUUCUCCUCAUAUGUUUAUUCAAUGACAAAAAGGGAUAGGUGUAUAUUUGUUUUGGGGGGGAGGGUUAUAAUGAUGUCCUCUCCUCACCAAAUCUGCAGUCAAGUAGUUGUCUCAUUUUUGAUGUUACACUGCUUACAUUAAUGGUCAUUUUGAUUAAGAAGUUCAAGUUCUAUAUUGCAGAAUAGCUGAAAGAUCGGAUUGGUCUUGUUUUAAAUCACACUGAAGGAACAGCCUGGGUAAGUAUUUUCUUAGCAUUUUUGUUUUUGUAUAGUUUUUUGAGUUGAUGCUGUCACUUAUGCUUUGCUCUUGAUAUGGGGAAAAAUAAAGAUGGCAAUUUGAAAAAAGUUUCA